CUCUCGCCUCGAGUGAUGUUGUCCAGUCAUCUCCUGCCUAAAGGAACCAAGAGGAAGGUGAACCUGGACGAUCAGGGUCGCCAGAAAGUGUCUUUCAGCUUCUCUCUGACAAAGAAACCGCUGCAGAACUUAUUCCUGGCCCCUCCCAGUCAGGAAAAAUCUCUUGCUGAACUCCCCUCUGUCCUGUCACCUACAACCUCACUCCCUCAGGACAGAGCAGGGCAGCAUACGGAAAGCAAAAAUGAGCAAAUGCAGCCACCCUUGUUGGUGCCCACACCAGUAGCAGAGAUCCUUGCACCUCAGACGGCAGUCUCCUCAGUCCCCAAACCUAAAGUGGACUUGGGAAAGAUGCACUUCAAGAAACAGAUUCUCAGUGCAUCUGUUAUUGAAGAUAGUCCCAUAACCAGUGUUGUCUUACAGGAUCCACCCCCUUCCGAGCAACAGGUUUUAAUGGAAUCUUCAGGUAAAAUUGAAACUGUCACCCCAACACGAACGCCCCAGUCUCAGAACAUGGACAAUGACGGCCCCUCUGAGAAUGCUCUCACUCGUGUAUCUGAUGUGAAGCUGGACCUCAGUCUCAAGGAACCGACUGAUUCCUCCCACAAAGGGAAAGUGGAUGUAAACACUUCCAGUAUAACAGAGACGCAAGACACCUCAGAAAACAUACAAAUCCGUUCCCGGUCGGACAGCACACUCCCUGGCUCAGAAUCUGAUGCUGAUUCAGUGCAGACGUCUUCUAGCUACAAGUCAGGUGAACCCAAGGCCACAGCAAAGUUGGAGAGUAGAAGUAAGGAUACAAAAGAUAUGUCCUCUUCUCGCUCCAAAUUAGAGGAAACAGAAAAAAGUUCUAACCAUUCACGUUCUGAGAAGGACGAAAGAACCUCUAGUUACUCAAAAUCUGACCGAGAUUCCAAGUCUGACCGAGAAUUAAGGUCAACCUCUGACCGAGAAUCAAAGCGCACACCUUCGCGGUCAUCCCGCUCUGACAAAGGCCGCAGAAGGACUAAGAGUCGGUCGAGGUCCAGAUCAAGAGGUCCCCGGACGAGUUCCAGAUCUGAGACACGCUCCAGAUCUGAGAGAUCUAGAAGCGAGAGAGGGUCAGGAUCACGGUCUGAUCGGUCAUAUUACGACUCUGAGCGGAGGUCAGGAGGUCACAGAAGUUCUCCGUACAGAGAGAGGAGAGGCAGCUCUCGCUCUCGGACCGAUAGCAGCAGAGUCCGCGGCGACAGCUCUGACUCUGAAGAUGACCACAGAAGAACUCGGACUAGAACAAGUGAUUCCAGCAGGUCAUCCACCCAUUCUAGCUUGCAGAGAGAUUCAAAGUCAUACUCAUCUCACUCGAAAUCUGAACGAGAUUCAGAGAUAGAUAAAAUAACACAAUCUUCUAAGUCUGAGAGGGCCUCAAAGAGAACUGUUGACUCCAGUUCCCUCCAAAAGUGCUCUACUGAUGUAGAACCUAAUCACAGGAAAUCCAACACCCACUACAAGCCGGACAUCAGUGUUCGAUCCAAUCAUUCCAGUCCACAUGCCCUCUCUCAAACAUCGGACAAAAGGCUCCAGAAAAGCAGCUAUAGUGAAUCUGAGGUAGCUCACAAAGGGAAGUCUCAGUCACAGGGCUCUGACCGCUCUUCUGGCUCUGAAGGGGCAUGGACAUCUUCCACCAAUAAAUCAGACUCUAAGCAAAUGUCUGCCUCCAUGUCAUCAGUGAAAACUAAUAGACAAUCAAAGGACACAUUUCACAGUCCCAAUAAGAUACAAACCCCUUCUGAUGCUCACCCUCAGAGCAAAAAUGACAAAGCAGGAGCAGAUUCCCAUCUAGCAGAUACUUGCCAAAGGGAGGAUGUUGGCAACAUGAAUGACAUCACAUCCCAAGAUAAAGGCUUACAAAAACCAACUCUGUCGUUACCUUCAAAUUGUGAUCCAACUGACAGAUUGCAAGAACCAGCGUUGGAUCUAGUUAAUGAGAAGAUCCAUCAUUGCAUUGAGGUUCAGAAUGACUCGGCAGCAACUUUACCGAACAACUCUAGUGGAGACCAAUUAUGUGAAAAAUUUGCCUUAGGGGACAUUGACAAUGUUAAUAAAAGCCUUUGCUCUGAACAAACAAAAGAUGCACAGCAUGUAGACCCCCAAAUAGAAUCCACUGAGAAGUGGGUUGAUGUAAGCAACUCUAGCUUUUCCUGCAGUAAUGACAGAGUAAUACCCAGCCAGGAUAAGACUGUUUUUCAAGGUUCCGUUGGGUCAAAGUCAUUACCAUCUACAGUAGACGUAUCUGUCAGAGACCACCCUAAGCAGAACACUAAACCAGAAAAUACUGUGUGUUCUAGUAGAAAUGUGAAUAUCAACAUGCAGUCUUGCAAAAACGUCCCUCUCAAAUCUGAACCCUCUAGUCCCGAACCUCAGUUUCCCAACCAGACUGAACAACAGAACUCUAGUUUAAGGAAAAACAGAGGUAAAACAAAACAAUCGCGUUGGGAUAUUGUUGGACAAGACACCUCAGACAGUGAUAAUCCUCAGAAAUUGCCUUCCCAAGAAAGUAAACCUGCUGUGAAAAAGGUCAUCUCCGUCAAGAGAAUUGAGUUUUCUAAAGACGUCAGCCAGGAAGAGCCGUCUCUGAAGGGUCAACUGAAAUGGGAAGCUGAGUUGCAUUCCAAGACGAUUAAGCAAGAAAUUAUUAUCACACAAGAACACAGCUCAGCACCAAUAACUUUUGGGAACGACCAAUCAGAGUCCACAAACCCAACUGCACAACCAGGCACCUGUGAAACCAGCAGUGACCAUUUAGACACCAAACCCCACGUCAGCCAAAUGGAUGACGAUCCCUCACUUUUAAAUAAUACCUCACAUGUAGACAGAGCUAGAAGGGAGCAGUGUAGGAAUGACGAUGGUAAUGAAGAGAAACCUAAAGAUGGCCCUCACAAGAGCAAACUGCUGAAGACACUAGUGUCGAGCCAGGACGGUGUAGGCCAAAGCGAGGACAGUGACACUGAUGAUUCAGAGUCGGACUCAGACUGCGGUGUUGCCGGGAAACGGAUGCACUCUGUGGUGGUUGUACCAAAGAAUUCCACCCUGACUCACUCGGACACAACAGACAAGCUUGCGUCUCCCUGCACUCCAAGCACUAGCCCAGGAUGUCAACAACACGCUAACAGGGCCAGUGGCCAAGAGGGUGACCUGAACAGGAAGGAGAUCCCAAGCAGGGUAAGCCCUCAGCAGAGACAUAGAGGCUUUCCCGCCAUGUGUGAGAGCACUAGGCAGGCCAGUAAUCCUUGUGUUGAUGGAAGUCUCUCUGCACAUGACAUCAUGGUAUAUCAAUCACAGAGCAACAUGGUCGAUAGCACCAGCCAGCUCGAGGGCUCCAACGCCACCGAUGCCCAGCCUUCUAAGGAUCCUUAUAGCAGUGCCCGUGAGAGACCAAAGAUUGGUGACGCAACAGUGAGCCAGAUUGCUGCCCACAGCCUUGAGAACUCCUUCAGGCAGUCUGACACAGGGCAUCCACAGCAUAAUGGCAGUGGCAGGGGUGGCGGGAUGCUUUCCCGUUACCAACAUGGAGACUUUGCUAGCUCUGAUGACUUCAACAGCAGUCUGGGCUGGGACUUCACACAGUCGGAGCAGCCCAGCAGUACGUACCAGCAGCCUGACAGCAGCUAUGGGGCAUCCCAACAGCAUCCUAACACACAACAGCCAGGGAACUCUUCUUUGGGGCAGGUGUACAGGACAAACAAUGGGGCCUACUGGACCCAACUACCAACUACGACUCAACCCACCUGCAGACCGGUCUACCUCCAUGUGCCUGCAACACAUUAUCAGGAGCCUGUUGGUCAAGUCCAUCCUGACUCCUUGACUAAUGACUGUGAUGAGGACAGUGAGGGGAAACCAGCAGGCAUUAGUAGACUAGCAGUUGAAUGCAAUGGUCCCAAGCUUCCAGGCUCGCUAGCCUUCGUACAAGCCCAUGAAAUAAGCAGCAACUGCAGAGGCUCUGUCAACGCCACUCCAGAGAAUAUUUCCAUAGUUGAACCCCCCAGAGACAAGGACAACUCAAGGCCCCACAGAGGCAGGGGUCCUCCCAAGAAAAGGCGGCCAGAAAUGGAGUCAGAUUCGGACAGCGAGGCAGAACCUGUGCUGGCUAGCAAAAGGGAGCGACUGGCAGAAAGGGAGCUCCCCAAGGUCUCCAAAGAAUCCAGGGAGAUUCCAGGUCAGGCUGAGGUGCAACGCCCUUUGCUCAGUCUGAGGGACUUCCGGGACGGCAGCAACUGGAGGGAGAUGGCAAGGUCUAAGAAGAUGCCACCGUACUUUGACCUGAUUGAGGAAAACCUGUAUCUGACUGAACGGAAGAAGAACAAGUCUCAUCGAGACAUCAAGAGAAUGCAGUGUGAGUGCUCUAUGCUGUCGAGGGAGGAGCGGUCUCGUGGAAUGAUGGCUUGUGGGGAGGACUGCCUUAACCGUCUGCUGAUGAUCGAGUGCUCAUCACGCUGCCUGAAUGAAGGCUACUGCUCCAACCGGCGCUUCCAGAUGAAACAGCAUGCAGACUUUGAGGUCAUCCUGACUGAAGAUAAGGGCUGGGGACUGAGGGCGGCCAGGGACCUGAUAUCAAACACUUUUGUGCUGGAGUACUGCGGAGAGGUGUUGGACCACAAGGAGUUCAAGACGCGGGUGAAAAAAUACGCUAGCAUGAAGAACAUCCACUACUAUUUCAUGGCCUUGAAGAAUAACGAGAUCAUAGACGCCACACUGAAGGGGAACUGCUCUCGCUUCAUGAACCACAGCUGUGAGCCCAACUGUGAGACCCAGAAGUGGACUGUGAACGGCCAGCUGAGAGUUGGGUUCUUCACCUCCAGGACCGUCACAGCUGGUACAGAGCUUACCUUCGAUUACCAGUUCCAGAGAUAUGGGAAAGAGGCCCAGAAGUGCUUCUGUGGGGCUCCCAGCUGCCGAGGCUUCCUGGGCGGGGAGAACAGGGUCAGUGUAAGAGCAGCGGCAGGGAAGAUGAAGAAAGAGCGCCCUCGCAAGAAGGACACCUCUGUGAGCAAUGCACUCACUACGGUGGACGAGGAACUAGAGGCUCUGCUGGAGAACGGGGAGGGUUUGUACGAUGAGAAGGAGGUGGUGUCUCUCUGCAGGCUGAUGGUCAGAGUGGAGACCAUGGAGCAGAAACUCAUCUGCCUCAAACUUAUCCAAGAUACCCAGAGCCCAUCCUGUCUGAAGCAGUUCCUGGACCAUCACGGUCUGUCUCUACUGUGGAUCUUCAUGGUGGAGCUCUCUGAAGCCAAGGGCAACAGUGUCAACAACAUCAAACUGCAGUUUCAGAUCAUGAAGACCCUGUCAGUGCUACCUAUCUCCACUAAGAACAUGUUGGAGGAGAGUCAUGUCCUGAGCCUCAUCCAGCGCUGGGCCCAAACGCAUACACACUCCCUCCCCCAACCCCCCGGGGCCGAACAGGACGGCUACUUCAGUGAGAACACGUCCCUCCCCCAGGCCCCCGGGGCCGAACAGGACGGCUACUCCAGUGAGAACACGCCCCUCCCCCAGCCCCCCGGGGCCGAACAGGACGGCUACUCCAGUGAGAACACGCCCCUCCCCCAGCCCCCCGGGGCCGAACAGGACGGCUACUCCAGUGAGAACAUGUCCCGCGCCCAGACCCCUCUCAACACUCCCGACGGCUCCUCUGCCUCCGUCGCCAAACUGGGCACUGAGUUGGACAGCGACACUCCCAAACGGGCCGUUUACCGUCGCCUCAAGAUCAGCGAGAACAGCCUGGACAGCGCCAUGUCGGACGCCAGCAAGGCCUCGGACGGUAAGGAGGAGGAUGAGGAGAUGGAGGACGAGGAGGUCUCAAGAUCUGAGCCUCCAGUGGAGAGCAGCAAACAGUCCAAGACAGAGCUGGUGGUUGAGGCCCAGGCACAGUCUCCCACAAAGGAGGAGCCGACAGAAGAGCCAGUCACAGAGCUGGUGGUUGAGGCCCAGGCUCAGACUCCCACAACGGAGGAGCCGACAGAAGAGCCAGUCACAGAGCUGGUGGUUGAGGCCCAGGCUCAGACUCCCACAACGGAGGAGCCGACAGAAGAGCCAGUCACAGAGCUGGUGGUUGAGGCCCAGGCUCAGACUCCCACAACGGAGGAGCCGACAGAAGAGCCAGUCACAGAGCUGGUGGUUGAGGCCCAGGCUCAGACUCCCACAACGGAGGAGCCGACAGAAGAGCCAGUCACAGAGCUGGUGGUUGAGGCCCAGGCUCAGACUCCCACAACGGAGGAGCCGACAGAAGAGCCAGUCACAGAGCUGGUGGUUGAGGCCCAGGCUCAGACUCCCACAACGGAGGAGCCGACAGAAGAGCCAGUCACAGAGCUGAAGGAAACACCAGAGGAGGUGGUGGAGACCAUGGAGAUCACAGAACCCGAAGCUGAGAGCCAGCUCUGUCUUAAAGAUCAGGAGGAGGUGAAUGAGAAGGGCGGUGACGAGGAGGUGAAAGACGAGUGGAGUGAGGGACAGAAGGAGCAGCAGCAGGCAAGUCAGUCAGUGGAGGAGAGGGAGGUUGUGGCAGGAGAGCAGGACAACGUGGAGGUCCAGGAAUCAUCACAUAUUCAGCCAGUUCGGACGGAAGUUACUGAGACCCCUUCAGAGGAGCAGCCUGCUGAGGAGAAGGAAGAGGAGACCACCACAGCAGAGACUGGGACUGAAGAUACAGAAAAGGCUCCAGGCAGCCAGGAACAUCCAGGCCAGGUGGCCCCUGAGGGUCCCCCGGAGGUGGCCCCUGGCACUGAGGACGCUGCCCAGGUAGUGACCCCUGCCUCGGAGGCCCCUCCACCUCCCUCUCCGGUGGUCCCCGUGGAGCCUGCGGCGGUGGGGACGCCCUCGCAGGAUGAGGAGGAGGGUGUGUCUGAUGUAGAGAGCGAGAGGAGCCAGGAAGCCCUGCUCAGUGCUGUGGAUAUAGGAGACAUGGCUGCUAGGCUGCUGGACAGCUGGAAGGACCUGAAGGAGGUGUACAGGAUCCCCAAGAAGAGCCAGGUGGAGAAGGAGAUACACGAUCGUAGUCGAGACCGAGACGCUGCCCCGGCUCGCACCCCCUCCGGCAGCCGAGAACGGGAACGGGAACGUGAGAGGGAGCGGGACAAGGAGAGGGACAGGGAACGAGAUCGAGAAAGAGAACGGGACAGGGAGCGUGACCGGGAGCGUGACAGAGAAAGGGACAGGGAUUGGGAGAGAGACCGGGAUAGAGAGAGAGAUAGAGAGAGAGACUGGGACAGAGACUCUGAGAAGACACCCCGCAGCACAGAGAGACGGAGGAGACGUGCCUCCACCUCCCCACCGCCCUCCGCAUACGAGAGGAGCAGCAGGCGACAUGUGGACCGGUUUGACCUGGCUAACAGCAGUAAGAAGACCCGUUCCAUCACCAAGGAACGCACCAAGCUGUCCACAGAGGAGCGCAGGAAGCUGUUUGAACAGGAGGUGGCCCAGCGCGAGGUCAAGAAACAACAACAACAGUUACAACAACAACAUCAACAACAGUUACAACAACAUCAACAACAGUUACAACAACAUCAACAACAACAGCGGCAGCAGCAGCUCCAGACUCUAGCCUACGAUGCAGCCCUGACCUACACUACCAGCCCAGCUGGCUUCAUCCACUACCCCCCUGGCUACCCCCUCCAGACCUACGUGGACCCCGUCAACCCCAACGCAGGCAAGGUGCUGCUGCCAACCCCUCCCGUGGAGCCCCUGGUCCCAGCCACCCUGGUCUUGGAGCAGACCCCUCCCCAGGCUCUGAUCACCGAGCUGGGCAUGACCUCUCCCUCCUCUACCUCCCAGCCCCCUCCAGUCUCCAACCUCUCCAGCAUCUCCCAACACAUCCACCAACCCACUAUUCCUCUGGAGCUCCACCCCGGCACCGCCCAGCAGUAUGCCCAGCAGCCCAGCGGGGCAGGCCAGGACCCGGGGGUAGGCGUCCUGUCAGUGCCUGCUGUAUCAGCGCCCCCUCAGGUGUCGACGGGCCAGGGGAGUUACACCACGCUGUGGGACCCUACCACCCAGCAGGCUGUGACAGUACAGACCCAGGUAGCACCACAGUACCAGGUUGUCCCAGCACCACCUCCCACCCAGACAGCCAUCUACUACCAGGGCCAGCCCUGUCAGACCAUCUACAGUAUCCCCACUGCCUAUCCACAGGCUAACACACCUGUCCUGCAGACCUACGCUGAUCCGGCUGCCAACUACCUCCGUGGUCAGCCGGUGUACACGGGUCACCAGCAAGGAGUGGUGGUUCAGCAGGGGGGUACGGUCACUACCAUCGUCACCUCACAGACUGUCCAGCAGGAGAUGCCCAACACUCUGUUAGUCCCCAACAGUAUGAUAGACCUGCCCCCUCCCUCUCCUCCCAAACCCAAAACCAUCGUCCUGCCCCCCAGCUGGAAGGUAGCACGGGACGGAGAGGGAAAGAUCUACUAUUAUCACGUCAUCACCAGACAGACUCAGUGGGAUCCUCCAAGCAGCUGGGACGGGGCCAGUGAAGACUCUCACAGCUUAGACCACGAGGCUGAGAUGGACCUGGGGACGCCCACCUACGACGAGAACCCCUCCAAGUUCUCUACUAAGACAGCAGAGGCAGACACAUCCAGUGAACUGGCCAAGAGGAGCAAGGAGACGUUCCGGAAAGAGAUGUCCCAGUUCAUUGUGACCUGCUUGAAUCCCUUCCGGAAACCAGACUGCAAACUGGGACGCAUUGUCAACACUGAGGAUUUCAAACACCUUGCCAGAAAGCUAACUCACGGCGUCAUGAACAAGGAGCUGAAGUCCUGCAAGAACCCAGAGGACCUGGAGUGCAACGAAAACGUCAAGCACAAGACCAAGGAGUACAUCAAGAAAUACAUGCAGAAGUUUGGCAACAUCUACCGGCCCAAAGAGGACACUGAGCUGGACUAACACUGCGUCUGACUGGAGGAACAGAACAGGGAUCAAGACUUGAAAAUAUGAUUAGGCUACGGUUGUUUGGGGCCCACAAACGGUGAAAGGAGACACACUGAAACCCAGAUUAAAGUCAAGUCACGCUGGGAAACUGAACUGUGGAGGUGGGAUCGCUCCAGACACAUAUUUAUGAGGAGGACAUGUUUAUGUUGACUAAGACUGUGUCUUAAACUGAUGCCUUGAAGGCUUGCCGCCGGGCCCACUGACUAAUGGGAGGGGACUAGUGGGAGGGGGGUGAGAAUCAUGACGAGGAGGGAGGUGUCUCCCAAGGGGCAGAGGCUCCAGGUGAAGUGUCCACAGAGAAGUGUGCGACACCUAGGCUGCGUCUCAACUAGCACCCUAUUCUCUGUGUCCUAUGUAGGGAAUAGGGUGCUGUUUGGCACUCAGACCCAGAGAGGGGUGCUACAUUAACCUAUAGUGUCACUAUCGUGUUAGCUUUCUACAUUUUUUUCUUACCUAACUAACAAUGUUUUCAAAUCUUAUUUACAUAUUCUCUCUAGAACUCUUCCUCCCCUGUCUGAAAAGGAUUCAUGAAAGAGUCGGACAUACCAUCAUUUUAAAUUGCUCUUCAAUGUUUUUCCACUGUUGGGAUGUUGCUGUAUGAAGUCCGGCAGUGGUAAUUAACUGGUCUAAAUGGAUCAGUGUAAAGAAAGAGAAUCUCUGUUUGUCCAUAUGACUGGCUUUCCUCUGGUGCGCCCGCACGCCACACCCCCCAAGCCAGCCAUUGACUUGACUAGGGUAUCUGGUGCUGCUUUUGGCUGGGCUGUGAUAGUCCAAGCUUUCUACUCUCCAAGCCCUCCCUGCCUUCAGACCACAAUCCUCCGGAGCCUCUGUUAUAUGGAGGCUGGGUUCGGUUCGGAUGGAGGCUAGGUUCGGAUGGAGGCUGGGUUCGGUUCGGAUGGAGGCUGGGUUCGGUUCGGAUGGAGGCUGGGUUCGGUUCGGAUGGAGGCUGGGUUCGGUUCGGAUGGAGGCUGGGUUCGGUUCGGGUGGAGGCUGGGUUCGGUUCGGAUGGAGGCUGGGUUCGGUUCGGAUGGAGGCUGGGUUCGGUUCGGAUGGAGGCUGGGUUCGGUUCGGAUGGAGGCUGGGUUCGGUUCGGAUGGAGGCUGGGUUCGGUUCGGAUGGAGGCUGGGUUCGGUUCGGAUGGAGGCUGGGUUCGGUUCGGAUGGAGGCUGGGUUCGGUUCGGAUGGAGGCUGGGUUCGGUUCGGAUGGAGGCUGGGUUCGGUUCGGGUGGAGGCUGGGUUCGGGUGGAGGCUGGGUUUGGUUCGGGUGGAGGCUGGGUUCGGUUCUAUCGUUCUGACUGGUGUCCUUAUGGGAAUUCCUCCAUGGCUGCUUACCAAAUAGCACCCUAUUUCCUAUAUAGAGCACUACUUUAGACCAGGGCCCAUAGGGGAAUCCCAGAGUGCACUACUUUAGACGAGAGCUCUAUAUAGGGAAUAGUGUUCAUUUGGGACAUAGUCCAUGUUCCAAUGCUCCCUCCCUGAGUAAAUAUUUUUUAUUUUUUACAAAAAUGUAAGAAUGAACUUUAUUAUGGAGCUUGUUCUCUUCAGUCCGCCUACUCAGACAGACGGACGGACAGACUUCAAGAGGACUUAGUGGUGAAUAAGGAACAGCAGGGGACGGGGUUACUGAUCAAUGUUUUUGUCUUUAAUUAACUUGUACUAUGAAGUGAACAGGAUUUGGAUGCUAUCAGACACAUGAUGCGUAUGUGUCAGUCAGUCUGUCCCUCGUUCUGUUUCAACUACCCCCCCUCCUCCACAAUGGGGUGUAGCGUUGUAAUUUUAACUCUAUUUCACAUUGUUUUACUAUUAUAAUUCCUUUAGACGGGCAUCACAGAGGCGCCUGUGCUGUCGUCUUGUUGCUACACAAGCUGUUUUACUCCUUAGUCUCCGGGGUAACAAGGUUUGUGUCCUGUCGUCAGGGUUACCGGUUCAUAGGCUUGGGGGUCGUUGAUCAUUUAGGUAACUCUCACACCACCAUUUAAAUUGCAUUAAAACCAUGUUCAAACACACACAUGUAUUAUAGUGCUUUAUAUGUGAAUAUAUUGAGAAAUAGUUUGAGAAUGUUUAGGUAAGCAGAGUCUUUGUAAAAGGAUGGACUGUUGGUCCACUUGGCUAUUGACAGGUUAUAAGUAUACCAAACACAGGUGAAUGAAGGGGGGGAGUGUUGAAGUGAGUUCCCCUGUCUGCUCCAGCAGCUCAACUCAACACCCCCUUCCUCUGUAAACUAAAGCCAGGAUUCCACCCAUUCACAGACUCUUGUUUGAAUAUUUUUUAUUUUGGUGGUGGGGGUUGCAGCGUUUUUCUGUUUUGUUUGUUUUGAGACAGAUUUUUUUUUUUUGGUAUGUACAAAAUGAGUUUCACCCCAACUCUACUGUAAGUACUGUGCAAGCACAUUGUCAUACUGAGUGUACAAACAUUUUAAAAGAAAAAUAAAGUUUUUGUAAAAAUGUGUA